AUUCUUGUUCGUUAUUGGUAUACAGAGCAAAAGACUAGGGAGGACUCAUACCAUAUCAGUUUUUUGCUUAGACACAGCUUGAAGCCAAAGCAAUUAAUAUGAACAUGGCCAUGUCCCUAGUUGAAACCAGAGUGGCAGAUUGCUAAAGUUCAUUAGUUCAUUAACUACCAACUACCAAAGGAGAGACACUUUCGGCUUCUCCAUAAACGAGAAUUCCCAUUCUCUUAACUCCUUUCAGUGAACUACCGACUACUAAACAACCAAUCAAACAUGUAACCAGUACAUCAAUUCAAAGACAAAUUUCUACGUUAAAUUCCCAUAUCCAAUCAAGUUGUAUCUUUUAAAUGAUGAAUAUGGCAGGACCAACUUAUAUAGGUUAAUGAUUGGAUUGUGGAUAGUGAAUUGUAGGCAUGAUAUCUCGAUAUAUGCUCCAAAAAUAAUGCAUGUGAAUAGGCAGAAUGUAUGUCCAUGAAUAUGCAUGAUUUCUUGUACACAUCCUUUUGUAUAAGCUGGAGAUUAGAUAUAGACAACCAUCUUCAAGUUGCACUGUAUAUGGGUUGACAUACGUGUAUAUAUGGGCACAAUAACAUGGAUUUUGAUUAUGGGCAGCUCUUCACUGACAGAGGAGCCUCUGAAAGGAAUAUAUAUCAUUAACACAAUUGUUUUCUAAUCCAAAACCCCACCAUAUCCUUGUCACUUUCUCGAUCUUUUCUCUUUUUGAUAUAUUAAAUUAGAAGAGAAGAUUCGGCUCGAUUUAUGAGGGAUAGCAAGAAAGCCAAAGAGGAAAAGCGGAAGCUGCUAAAUAUGGAUUGCUUUGGUGUAAAGAAAAAGAGCAGCAACACCCGUAAGAAAUAUCUUAGAGGGUUGACGGAGAAGGUAAGGCUUCUCCAAGAGGACAUAAAAGCUCUGAUGUCUGAAAGAGAGAAUGAGAGUAGAGCUUAUGAGAGAGACAUGAUGGUUUUAGAAUUUAAAGAAGCCAAGUGGAAGCAAGAGAGCAAGAGGCUUAAACAGGAAGCGAAGAGGCUGAGGAUGAUGUUGGAAGAGAAGGAAAAGAGGAUUAGAGAUAUGGAAGAGAGGAGGAUGGAGGAGAAAAGUGAGCAAAAUUGCUCAUUUUCAAGGAUGGGUUCUGCCUUCUUGGUUAAGCAAAUGGAGGAGGAAAGAGUGUGGAGAGAUGAGGCUGUGCAUAAGUGGAAGAAGCUGUAUCUUGCUAUCAAGACAGAGCUUGAUGAUCUCAUCCAGAGGACUCAUCAUGGGAAUGGACUGUAUUGGAAGGCAGAGGAAGAGGAAGUGAUUGAAGAGCUAAAGAUGGAAGUCAAAGCGAAGGAGGAAACAAUUGAAGAGCUGAAAGCAAGAAUAGCUGCAGUGGCGCAUGAAGAGUACAAAAGGGCAAGAGAGGUUGAUAUACUGAGACAGAGCUUGAGAAUCAUGAGCAGUAUGAAGGAUGCAUCGAGAUUUGAUCUAAACAAACCCAAGUCGACACUUGUGAAACGGGCUAGCAAAGCAUAGCAUUUUAAGUAAAUUCUACUUUCUGGUAGAUUGUAUGGCUACUAAAAUUCAAUGCAACAAAAAGUUGAUUUUCUA